CCUUCUCCUUUCUCUUUGCUCAGAACACCAAACCCAUAAUUAUCUUGCUUAUCCUUCUGGCUUUCCCCUAUCAUACAACAUGAGAAACUUCAAGAACUUCCUUCUGCUAGCAGCUAUCUCAGGAGCCUACGCUAGGAACUGCUGGUCAGGCCUGGUGUACUGCGGCUGGGAUCUCCUUAAAAUAGGAAAUUAUGAGGAAGAUAUCGAAGAUGCACUGGAACUUGCCGGACAACCUAUAAAUGCACACACCAAAAGGGAUUCGCUCUUUUUCUGCGGUGGGCCUGAUGACCUGUCGUACCAGGGUACUUGCCACCGCGGCGAAUGCCAGUGGAAUAACAAUAACGAUUACUGCAAUGGCGAUUACGAUAUUGCACCAUCUUUGGGAUUCUCAACUGGCGAAGCCUCACUUCUGCGGUCGCAGGGCCAUUGAAAUGGACGAGACCUGUUCCAGGUGGAGAGUAUUGUUGGUCAUAUUUUGCUGGG